AAAAGCGAAAGUUACAAACUUGUUUACUUGGAGACUAUUCUCACCCUCUCUAUAACAGCCCCAUUUGGUCCGUGCUCUUUCGGAGUGCAGAAGGGGAGAGGCCAAAACAAUUCAACUGACAAGAGACUAAAACUCAGUUCAGUGAUUUAUGGGAUGUUAAUUCAGAUAUCUGAGACAAUGAUUUCCCCAGAGAGUGUUUGUUCCACCUCUGCUGCAGCUCCAAAUGUUCAGUGUUGGUCUGAAAACUGUUUCUCAGCCGCAGCAUGACAAGUCUUUCUGCAGACUUCACUAAAAGAAAAGAAAAGGCCAAACCCAUCGAGCCGGACAAGGUGAAAGAACAACAGGAGAUUCUUGUUACCCCUACAGCAGACGUAGAGCAUCACCCUCGUCCUCUUCUCCCGUUUCUGUCUCAUUACUAAUCACCAACGAUAUAAAGAUGAGUGAGUGUGGAUCUUCAGCACCCAGUUCUGUUUCUGUGACAAGUCGACACUCCAAAGAUUAUCCUCCAGAAUUCAAACCACCAAGAAAAAGAAAGAGGACAUCUGAGGAGUUAUCAACAUACAGCUUUGUGUCUCGGAGGACGGAUCACUCCAAAGAUUAUCCUCCAGAAUUCAGCAAUCAACCCGUCCAGCCAAAAGUUCCUAAAAUCAGGAAGAUGAUGAAACCUCCAGGAGAAUCAACAUCUUCUACCGCCAGUUUUGUUUCUGAGAAGAGUCACCACUCCAAAGAUUAUCCGCCAGAAUUCAGUGAUGAACCCUUCAUAAAAAAAAACUGUGUGCUCGAACAGGUCUUUGAAUCUAAGAGCAUAGACUUCUUAAAGCAAGCUCUGAGAACACAUGAAGAAUUGUUUAAGGAGAAGCAAGAGGACGAAUAUGAUCAACAGCAUGAGAUUGAUGAUGAAACUAAGGAAGCUGCUAUGAAGAUUGCCCUGCAUGUUCUGAGGACCAUGAAGCAGGAUGAAUAUGCCCACACACUCGAGCAAAGUCAUUAUGGGGUAACUGCAAUGUACCAAAAGAUACUUAAACCUGACCUGAAGAAGAAAAAUGAGUGCCUACUGGAAAAUACGCAGAAGUGGCCGGUGCCUCUUCAAAAGAUUUAUACAGAGAUCUAUCUGAUAGAAGGAGACAGUGUAGAUGUCAACCGCGAACAUGAAGUCAGACAAAUUGAAGCAGCAUUCAACAAACGGAAAUCUUUUGAAAUAAAGAUCAGGUGUGAGAACGUCUUCAAGCCCUUACCAAACCAACCGGCCAAACCAAUCAGAACUGUGCUCACCAAGGGGAUAGCAGGCAUCGGCAAAACUGUGUUGACACAGAAGUUCAUGUUGGACUGGUCAACAGAGAAGGCCAAUCAAGACAUCCAACUCUUGUUUUCACUUCCUUUUAGGGAGCUGAAUUUGUUGAAAAAUAAAACAAGAAGUUUGAUGGAGCUCCUGUAUGACUUCUCUCCAGGCCUGAAAGAAUCUGGAAUCACAGACCUGACUCAGUGCAAAGUUCUGAUUGUACUGGAUGGUCUUGAUGAGUGCAGACUCCCUCUGGAUUUCAAUAAAUCUGAGAACUGUUGUGAUUCAUCACAGUCGGCCUCAGUUCAGGUGUUGCUGACAAACCUUAUUGCAGGUCACCUGCUUCCACAAGCUUAUCUGUGGAUAACUACCCGUCCUGCUGCAGCGAGCUGCAUCCCUGGACGGUAUGUCGACCGCUUGACUGAGAUACGAGGUUUCAACAGACAUCAGAAGGAGGACUACUUCCUCAAGAAAAUUGACGAUGAAAACUUGGCCAAAAGAGUUAUCGCAAACAUUAAGUCAACAAGAAGUCUGUACAUCAUGUGCCAUGUGCCAGUGUUUUGCUGGAUUUCCUCUAUUGUCCUAGGGGAAAUUUGUGCACAAGUAGGAGGAGGAAAAAUGCCAAAGACCUUGACUCAAAUGUACAUCCACUUUCUGGCCCAUCAAACUGCACAGAUUUAUGUCAAGUACCACAAAGAGCAAAAGCUGGACCCUCAAGGGAAUAACAAGAUGGUAAUGUCACUUGGAAAGUUAGCCUUUGACCAGCUGGAGAAAGGAAACCUGAUCUUCUACGAGGAAGAUCUUAGAGGUUGUGGUAUUGAUGUUGAUGAAGCAUGUGUCUACUCCGGAGUGUGCACUCAAGUCUUCCGGGAAGAGUCCUGUAUGCAGACUAAAGUGUUCUGUUUUGUGCACCUGUCUGUCCAAGAGUUUCUCGCUGCUCUGUACGUCCAUGUCAUGUACACAGUCAACAGUGUAAACCUUAUGGACAAAAACCAGAUCAAAAUCAAACCGAUAUCUGAAUUGCACAAAGCUGCAGUGAACAAAGCCUUAGAGAGUGACAAAGGCCACCUGGAUCUCUUCCUGCGUUUCCUCCUUGGACUCUCCUUGGAGUCCAAUCAUAUUCUGCUCAAAGACCUGAAGAUUCAGGUAGAACCCUUGGACCCCAAAAGUCAUGAGGAAACCAUCAAGUACAUCAAGGAGAAAAUAAAUCUCUCUGAACCAGAGAGGUACAUCAAUCUCUUGCACUGUCUGAAUGAGCUAAACGACCACUCUCUGGUGGAGGAGAUCCAGAACCACCUGGAUUCAGACCGAGACAUGGACACAAACAAGUGGUCUGCAGCUCAGUGGGCAGCUCUGGUCUUUCUGUUGCUGACCUCACCGGAGAAGCCAGAAGAGAUCACCCUGAAGAAAUACUCCAGAAAACAAGAGGGUCUUAAGAAGCUCCUUCCAGCCAUCAAAGCAUGCAGAUCAGCAAAGUUGAAUGAUUGUAAUCUUACUGCAGACUGCUGCCAGGAUCUGGCCUCCAUUCUAAGCUCAAGCUCAAAUGAACUUAAUCAUUUGAAUUUAAGUGACAACAAAUUACAAGACUUAGGAAUCAAGCGUCUCUGCACAGGACUCCAGAGCCCAAACUGCAGACUGAAGACACUGAGGCUAAACCGAUGUGAUCUGACAAAGUCAUGCUGCAAAGAGUUGGCUUUAGUCCUGGGCCGUCCCACUUCAGAUCUGAGAGAGCUGGACCUGAGUGACAACAACAUUGAAGACUCAGGAGUAGAGCUGCUCUCUAAAGGACUGGGAAAUGUUGGCUGUAAACUUGAAACCUUCAGGUUGUCAUUCUGUAACAUCACGGAAAAAGGAUGCAGUUUCUUGGCCUCAGCAGUGAAGUCCAACCCAUCCAACUGGAGCGAGCUGGACCUGAGCUACAAUCACCUCGGAGAAUCAGGAGUGAGGCACAUUUGUGACGCUCUUGAGGAGGGACGAUGUGAAUUAAACAAACUCAGAGUGGAUCACAGAGCAGAGCACUGGUUUAAACCAGGACUGAGAAAAUAUGUAUGUGAGCUUACGAUCGAUCUUAAUACUGCUCAUAAAAGUCUGGUCCUCUCUGAUGAAGACCGUAAAGUUAGCCAAGCCAGUAAGGAGCAGCCAUAUCCAGAUCACUCUGACCGGUUUGACUACUGGCCCCAAGUCCUGUGCAAGGAGGGCCUUAAGAACCGUUGUUACUGGGAGGUGGAGUGGGAAGGAAAAUGGGUUGGCAUCGGAGUGGCCUACGAGAACAUGAAACACAAAGGGCAGGACAACAACUGUCUGAUGGGGUACAACAAACAGUCCUGGAGUCUGCACUGCUCUAGUAAAGGCUACCGCGCUUACCAUAACUUCGAGAGUAUCGUCGUUGGUGUUCCUUUGGCCGGUUGUCGUGGACUGGCUGUUUAUCUGGACUGGAAGGCAGGCAUGCUGUCCUUCUACAGAGUUUCUUCUAAAAGGUCGCUGACACACCUGCACACCUUCUCCACAGAAUUCACAGAGCCUCUCUACCCAAUCUUUAGAGUGUGGGGAAAGGACUCGUCUGUGAAGCUGUGCCAGGUGAAAUAACCAACCAAUGAAAAGACUGAUUGAGGAAUUUACACAAGAAAGCAAAGAAUGACAAGUCCAUCUUUUUUUUUGCAUUUUGAAAGGUUAAGUAUUUUUUCUUGUCAUUGUUUAUAAUCUGCUGGAAAACAGUGGAUCGCUCUCUCCGGGUGGGGAGUGAGUCUUUUCCCUAGGUGAAGGAGUUCAAGUAUCUCUGGGUCUUGUUCACGAGUGGUCCAGGCAUGCCCAACUAGGAGGAGACCCCGGGGCAGACCCAGAACACGCUGGAGGGAUUACGGACACAAACAGAGGGAGUGUAAUAUACAAGAGGCUUGGAAAGGACAGUGCACAGCAUUUUUUUUGUGGCUGCUUUUUUAGCCUUUAUGUAGAGAUAGGACUGGAGAGAGAGUGUGGAGUGACAUGCGGGAAAGGAGCCACAGGUCGGAUUUGAACCCUGGCCGCCUGCUUGAAGGACUACGGCCUCUGUAUAUUAAAUCAAAUUACAUUUUAUUUGUAUAGCACAUUUCACACACAUGUAAACUCAAUAUACUUUACAGAAAACAAAGAUAAACAAACACAAUACAAACUAAUUUAAGAUAAUAAACAAAAAAAAAAUGAACAUGGGGCCACUAGACCGGCACCCCAGUGGACAGCAUUUCAACUCAAAUUAUAAAGAAAACCUUGCUGAGUCUUGAUGCAGGAAGGAUUUCGCCUUUGUAUUCCUCUCGUUCCUGUUGUCCACACUUCCUCGCCGCUGAAGUGGAGGUCGGAGCAGGCCGUGCAUGAAUGAGGACGGCGGUGGUCGUGGGGACGACACAGUCCGAUGGUGGUGGCUGGGCAUCAAGGACAUCAGGUGGUAGUAGUGCUGUUAUAAAUAAUAAGGUGUGUCACAAUAUCGGCCAUUUACUGCAUAUGUUGUUCAGAUAAGGGAAAUAUUUUAAUCCAUUAAUCCAGUUUACAGAUUAACUAAACCAUUGGUCUUAUAACAGAUGACGCCAUUUCAAGUAAUCUGUUAUUCAGAGGACUUUCUGCAGGGUAACUGAUCAGUCACAUUUUUUAAUACUGUUGAUGUAAGGUUUCUAUUUUCUAGCAUAACGUUAAUCACAUAUUUAGUAUUAAAUGUAUAACAGCACAUCAUCUGCAAACAACCGAACUUUGCCAAAAUGUUUUUAUCCAUACAAAAGAAAGGAUUAAGGAAGCAAAAAGGAUUAAACAGCUUUCUGUCAAUAAUGUUAAAGAACAUCUGGAACCAGUUUAUACAACAGAAUAUUAAGGUCAGGUUAAAGAAAACAUAAUAAUAAAUAUUACAAUAUUAAAAUUGUAAAUUAUCCAGAAUAAAGUCGUUAAUUUACGAGAUGUAUAAAAAUGUGUUAUUUCAUUUAAAUAAAGCUGUGGUUAAAAUUAUUAUUCUGAAAGGUUGUAACAGAAGAUGAAAGGCGAACCAUCAAAGACAUUUCCUCCUCACUAAAGAGACAAUUUCCCUCAAGUCAGUUUGGUUCUUUCUUCAGAAAAGAAGUUUGUUUGAUCCUGAUGUUUGCACAUAUGCACUUUUAUACAUGUAUAUAAAGGGGAAAACAGUUGUAAUAUAUGAUGUUAUUUCUUUGUUCAUUUCUAAAAAAAAAAUUAAUCACAAAAAAAGAGUUAAAUGGUAACAGAAAAUAAAUACAUGAACUGACUUGGCUUGGCUCAUGAAGCCAUCAAAGUAUUCUUUAUUGUGAGUACAUUAAUAUUCAAAGCAUUAAUAAAUAUAAAGUUUAACAGCCAAAAUAUUUUUUCUCUGACAAACACUUCCCUAAAAUGUGAACGACAUGUUUUUAAAAAAGGAAAACUGCUAAGUUUUAUAUUGUAACAUAAAUGUUUGUUUUUAAAGAAACAUUCUCCAUUCAUCUGCCUCGUUUAAUCAUUUUUGUCCAUAACAAACGUUGAUGAACUUGUUUUUGGAAGUCACUGCUUCCUGUCAGAGGAACACAUAUCUGUGAUAAGGCUUUGCAAAAGGGCACGACACACCCAACAAUGAGAAGACAGACACAAACACCACAACACAAAUAGCAACAACACGAAUACAAACACUUCAACAUGGCUCCACACACAGCCGACAGGGAAGUAAGGAAAAUCAAAAAAGACUGGCACAACGAAAAGCUCCCGUUUGAAGGAUUUAUUGAUAAGUGAUGUUUGGAGGCAGCAUGCUCUUCCUCAGACUUUCAUAUAAACCCAACGAAAUUCAAACAUUUGCAUUCCUGUUGCAGCUUUCUUAAUUUGUGUUGCCUAUGUGUCUGUCUUUUCUUUCUGUUGAUGCUGUUAUGUCGUUUCCCUUUGCAAAGCAAUUUGGAUUUGUAUUCCUGCUCUGUGUACCUGUGUAUUGUUUUUUUAAUAAUAAACUUAAAAGGAUCA